AUAAAAAAUAUCGAUAUACAGAAAUACACCUUUAUCAGGAAAGUUAUAUAAAUACAACAUGGCGUACGUGCCAGCAACAACCUUAAAUAUUUUAAGGUUUUCAAAGCUUAGCCGCUUAAUGUCAAUGUACCCUUCCCAUUUUGCUGAACCCAACUUAAAUAAAAUUACAGACAGAAAGAGUGCGUCGCAUAUUCCUGUAAAAGCGGCUACGAAUGAUUUAUCUGAUUCAAUUUUUUAUGGAGAACUGAAAAAUAAACUUAUAAAGUAUAUUACGAAAAAAGGUAAUAGAAACUUGGCCAAAGAGCUAUUAAAUGAAACAUUCGAAACUAUUAAACGAACCCAGAUUGAAAGAUUGAACCUUAAUAAAGGAGAUAAAACGAGCGUGAUAAUUAAUUCGGAGCAACUUUUAAUAAAUGCCAUCGAAAAUUCACGUCCCUUACUCCAGCUUUCAGCAAUAAAAAGAGGCGGGGUUAAAUAUCAAGUUCCUGUACCGGUGACAGAAAAAAAAUCGUAUUUUCUUGCCAUGAAAUGGCUAUUGGAUGCAGCUCGUGAAAAGGAUCGUAAAGUUCAUUUGCCGGAGAAACUGGCUUGGGAAAUUUUGGAUGCUGCUUGUGGCCAAGGCAGAGUUGUCAAAAAAAAGGACGAUUUACACAGACAAUGCGAAAGUAAUCGUGCUUAUGCACAUUAUAGAUGGAGUUAAUUUCCGAUUAUCCGUUUGGAUGAAUAUCACGGCAAUUAGGUUAGCAUAUAAUUU